AAAUGACGGAUAAGGAUGUGAAAAGUGAAAAAUACAAACAGGUUUGUCCACAGCAACACAUAUACAUGAUAGGCAAGUGACACCACCAGCAAGCCUACUCAGACACAAGCAACACUCAGACGUGUCUGCGUGGUUUGUCUGGACAACAAAAUAUAAGACAAAAAUACACCAGCCAUUUCUUUGCCCAGGCUGGGCUGGAGGUCUCAAGUUCUGAGAGAUUUAUUUCAUCCUCACAAAGCCAGUGAGAUGAGGUUGGAGUGGACAAUGCUGCUGCUGGUCUUGUGGGUUCUGGUCCCAAGUUUUUCCCAGGGCCGCAUGAUCACCAGAUGUGAACUCAAAGAAAGACUUGAUGAUGCCAUCUGGCUGCCUGAAGGCAUUGAAAAGUUCAGAGAGACCAUCAUCUCAGUAGUAAUAUGUGAAAUAGAGAAGAUGUCAAGUCUGAACUCCAACAUGAUCAAGACUACUUCUGUCAUGCCAGUCGUCCUUGAACCAACAACAAAUGCCACAAAACCCCCUGCACCUUUACCAACAACCAAGACAACAAGACCCCCUGAGGCUCCAACAACAACCAAUACCACAAUCCCACCAGACGCUCGAGAAACAACCAAUACUACAAUACCCCCCAAGCCUCUUGAAACAACUAAUACCACAAUACCCCCUGAGCCUCCAAUCACAACCAACACCACAUUCCCCCCUGAAGCUCUUCCAACAGCUAACACCACAAGAUCCCCUGAGGCUCCAACAACAACCAAUACCACAAUCCCCCCCGACGCUCUAGAAACAACCAAUACCCUGAUACCCAGUGAGGCUCCUACAACAACCAACACAACAAGAUCCCCUGAGGCUCCAACAACAACUAGUACCACAGUACCCCCUGAGGCUCCAACAACAACUAACACCACAAUACCCCCCGAACCUCUUGAAACAAGACCCACUGAACCAACAACCAAUACCACAAUACCCCCCGAACCUCUUGAAACAAGACCCACUGAACCGACAACCAAUACCACAAUACCCCCCGAACCUCUUGAAACAACCAAUGCCCUGAUACCCAGUGAUGCUCCAACAACAACCAACACAACAAGAUCCCCUGAGGCUCCAAUAGCAACAAGUACCACAAUACCCCCGGAGGCUCCAACAACAACUAAUGCCACAAUACCCCCCGAACCUCUUGAAACAAGACCCACUGAACCAACAACCAAUACCACAAUACCCCCCGAACCUCUUGAAACAAGACCCACUGAACCAACAACCAAUUCAACAAUACCCCCCGAACCGCUUGAAACAAGACCCAUUGAACCAACAACCAACACCACAAUAGCCCCCGAACCUCUUGCAACAAGACCCACUGAACCAACAACCAAUACCACAAUACCCCCGGAACCUCUUGAAACAACCAAUGCCCUUUUACCCAGUGAUGCUCCAACAACAACAAACACAACAAGAUCCCCUGAAGCUCCAACAACAACUAGUACCACAAUACCCCCUGAGGCUCCAACAACAACUAAUACCACAAUACCCCCCGAACCUCUUGAAACAAGACUCACUGACACAAGUCCUGUAGAAGUCACAACCACCACUACCACAGGACCCCUUGAGUCUCUCAUAACCACGACCACAAGACCAAUUGAACCAACAAGCAUCACAACAGCAGUCAGGCCUGUGUCUUUAAACGUCUCUUUCCAAUUUCCUGACGCCGACGUGGUCCAGAUAGCGCAGCAGGCUGAGAUGGAGGCGCUGAAGAAGCACGUGGAUGGCUUGUGGAAGACAGAAGAGGAGAUGAGAGAAGCCAAGCGCCGGCGGCGGCGGCAGGCCUCAGAGUUCAGCGCGGCAAGCCCACCAUCUACCCGCACUUAUUAUGGACUCUUCCAGCUUUCAGACUCGGAUUUCUGUUUCUCAACUAAUCCUUGGACGGACAACAUCUGCAUUACAUCCUGCGCUGCCUUCAUGGAUGACGACAUCACGGAUGAUAUUCAAUGCUUUGUGAACAGCCAGUACUGGAUGAAUCUCUUCCGGACGGCCAGCAAGGAAUGUUACCAAACUACCAACUUCUUCGAAGAAUGCCUGUGAAGCACCGAUUGGCGAUUUUAAAAUCUUUAUGAUUUAAACAUACAUACUGAGGUUUACUGGAUUUUUUUUAAAAAUUCAUUUAACCCCCCACACCCCCCCCCCACUUUCCUUCAUAAAACAUGCAUAACAGAUUCCUACAAAUUAAAUAUUUUUGUUUCUCUUGAUUUUUCUGGUGACGUCGUCAAGAUGAGAAACAUGCGGCUUGUGUUCCACUGUUUUUUUUUUUGUUUUUUUUUUUAAUCAGGUCCUGUAAAACAAAAUCCACUUUCAAUGAGGUUGGAACAUUCUGUUAAACGUAAAUAAAAAUAGAAUAUAAUGAUUUGGAAAUCAUUUUUCAACUGCAUGAACUGCAAAGAUGAGAUAUUUCCUGUUCAAACUGAUGAACAUUGUUGGGGUUUCGAUCCCUCAGGCCUUCAAAAAAGGGCAUAAUUGUAUCACGGACAUUGCCACGAGGGCGCAGGAACACUCCAGAAAACCAGCAUUAGUAUGUAAACACAGUUCAGCUCAGUGGUACAUCCAUAAGUGAAAUUUAAAACUCUACUAUGCUUUUCAAAAGUCCUUUAUCAACGCCACCCAGAAACGGCCCCCGGGUUCUCUGGGCCCGGGCUCAUCUGAGAAAGUGUGCUGCGGUCUGACGUGUCCACAAUUCAAAAACUGUUUUUGGAAAUUGUGGACGCCGUGUCCACCGGGCCAAAGCGGAAAAGGACCAUAUGUAUAUAAAAUAUGU